GAUAUGACUCGGCGGCGCUAGGACCGUGGCUCUGCCAGUGCGCCGCAAAUCCCAGCAGAGAGAGAGAGAGAGAGAGAGAGAGAGAGAGAGAGAGAGGCUGUCGGUCUGCGCCUCGGCUCAACCCAUCACCGGCGGGGGAGGCUGCACCUUCUGCCGAGCACGGACCUGAACCAGCCGGGCUCUCCAUAUGGGCUCACCAUGCGCAGGAUUCGGGCCAACGCCAUCGCGAUUCUGACUGUCGCGUGGAUCCUGGGGACCUUUUAUUACCUGUGGCAGGACAACAAGCCUCAGACGUCGCCUUCGUCGUCGGCGGCGCAGACCCGCGGCAGGGGCCAUGGGCAGAAGGGGGUCUCCGGCCGGCUGGAGAUCCACCGGGACGACAGGACCAUCCCUCUGAUAGUGACCCAGCCCCCUCGACCUGAGACUCAAAACCAGCUGCUAGGCACCUUCGACGACAAGGCCUACCUGUCCUCGAAGCUGCUACGGCCGGGGGAUGAUCCGUACCGAGAACACGCUUUCAACCAGCAGGAGAGCGACCGGCUGGGCAGCGAGCGAGCCAUCAGAGACACCCGACACUACAGGUGUGCGUCUCUGAAUUAUGACACAGAUCUCCCAUCCACGAGUGUCAUCAUCACUUUCCACAAUGAGGCUCGCUCCACGCUGCUUCGAACCAUCAAAAGUGUCCUGAUGAGAAGUCCUCCACCCCUGAUCCAGGAGAUAGUCUUGAUAGACGACUUCAGCUCUGACCCUGAGGACUGCCAGCUGCUCGCUCAGAUCCCCAAAGUGCGCUGCCUGAGGAACGGCAGGAGAGAGGGUCUGAUCCGGUCACGUGUGCGAGGAGCCAACACGGCCUCGGCCUCCAUCUUGACCUUCUUGGACAGCCACUGCGAGGUCAACGCUGAUUGGCUGCAGCCGAUGAUCCAGAGGGUGAAGGAGGAUCAUACGCGAGUGGUCAGCCCCAUCAUAGACGUCAUCAGCCUGGAUAACUUCGCCUACUUGGCUGCCUCGGCUGACUUGAGAGGAGGAUUUGACUGGAGUCUGCACUUCAAAUGGGAGCAGAUUCCCAUCGAGCAGAAAAUGGCGAGAAGUGAUCCCACACAGCCAAUCAGGACUCCCGUCAUCGCUGGUGGGAUCUUCGUCAUGGACAAGAGCUGGUUCAACCACCUGGGCCAGUACGACACCCACAUGGACAUCUGGGGAGGGGAGAACUUUGAGCUUUCUUUCCGGGUGUGGAUGUGCGGAGGAAGCCUGGAGAUUCUUCCCUGCAGCCGCGUCGGUCACGUGUUCAGGAAGCGACACCCCUACGACUUCCCAGAAGGCAACGCUCUCACCUACAUCAAGAACACCCGGCGGGCGGCUGAAGUCUGGAUGGACGAGUACAAACAGUACUACUACUCUGCCCGGCCGUCAGCCCAGGGGAAGGCCUUUGGCAGCAUCACAGACCGUCAGACGCUGAGGCGAAAGCUGGACUGCAAACCUUUCCGCUGGUACAUGGAGAACGUCUAUCCUGAGCUCAGGGUCCCCGAGCAGGAAGCGGUUUCCAGUGUGCUGAAACAAGGCAGCCUGUGUUUGGAGACCCGCGGGGCGGACGGCCUCGGGCUGGCAGAGUGCAGGGGCAACGGAGGCAACAGGCCACAUGCACAGAAAUGGGAACUCAUAGAGCCGCUGAUCCGACAGCAGGACCUCUGCCUGGCUAUUUCAGCCUUCACAUCGGGGUCAAAGGUCAAGAUGGAGUCCUGCAACGCAAAGGAGCCCAGACAGAAGUGGAAGCCCAGAGGCUCGGCCCUGCAGCACAUGGUCAGCGGCCUCUGCCUAGACAGCCAGACCCCGACGGGCCCUCCCAUCAUUACACAGUGUCGCCCCCAGGUGGCCGGUCAGUCCUGGGAGCCGCAAAUUAUCACCUGAGCCACAGCAGACUGAGAGGGGGGGAGGAGGGAGGGAGAGAGGGAGAAUCUGGACCCGGCCUGCAGGAGGACUCGCUCUUGCUCGUUGUCUGACUGAAGGAGUGAGAACUGAACUUCUGUGAUGUCACUUUUGAAGACGUUGACGGCCUUUUGGAGCAGACGUUGAGGUCUCUCUGUGUACAGCGCUCCAUCCUCCUGGAUGCUGCAGUUCUUCUACGUAAUCUAAGCUUUUCUCUGAACACUGUUGCACAUCUCACCUUUCAUUUCUGUGUUUCUCCUGCUCCACGUUAGUUUCCAUAUGCAGUAGUAAGGAUUACCUCGAGGUCAUACUGUUCUGUAGCAAACAUGUGGAGGUGCACCUGACCUACUCGGAGUGGAAGCCGCUGCUCGCCUGGUCUCUGGUCUCCUGGUCUAAGGUGGAGGCGUGUCACAUGAUGGUGUGGACCGGGGGCAGCUUUAUGUAUAGCCAACUUUAAUCUGAGCUUUUCUUUUUGAUGCAGUCUUGAAGACGCCAUGCAGAGCACCGUCAGGAACAUUAUUUAUUGUUUUGCAUGGUCAGACCCAAAGAAUGUUUUUCUUUCUGUCUCUACAAAGUUUCAUGUAAAUAUCUGAAGCAGAUCACGGCCUGGUUUCUGUGUAAAGUAUUCGUUAUGUUGUUUGAGAAAUAAAAUGUGGUAAUAAAGGAAUUUACGCUUUAGUUUAUUUUUCUUUGUUUUGCAGAAUGAGUUGUUGUGCUGUUUGGUCUUGGUUGUUUGUUUUUGCAGAGGAGUGCCUCUUUAAAGUCUUUUUAUUGCAAACAGUGUUUACAGUACAAACAUAAAGACAUUCUUCCAUGA